UAACAAGACAACCAAGUCCAAACAGUUGGACCAGCAUGUGAGGUAUUGGAUCGGCGACCAACUCGCAUCCAGAUACUUUGGGUCACAGUUUAUGGGUCAUGCGAAGGCAGUGGACCUGCUUAACAUUUCAAAAUUUGAUGCACGGUUUGACAGCUCGCUACAGAAUAUCAACACCUCUGGCUGCAUUCAAAAUGUGGGUGUUUGAAGGAGAGUUGCGAUCAGGACAGACCCCUGAUGAUACAGAGCCAGAUGUAGAUGGUGAUGGAGACGGUGACGUAGACGGUGACGGAGAUGGUGACGGAGUUGGUGACGGGGACGGAGACGGAGUUGGUGACGGAGACGGUGAUGGUGACGGAGAUGGUGACGGAGAUGGGGACGGAGACGGGGACGGUGACGGAAUGGUGACGGGGACGGAGAUGGGGACGGAGACGGGGACGGAGAUGGGGACGGAGAUGGUGACGGAGUUGGUGACGGGGACGGUGAUGGAGACGGUGACGGAGACGGUGAUGGAGACGGUGAUGGAGACGGAGAUGGUGACGGGGACGGAGAUGGGGACGGAGACGGAGAUGGGGACGGACACGGAACGGUGA